AUGCAGAACCCGUCCGUCCUUCUCAGCGGGCCCGGCCAAGUCGCCAUCAAAGACCUUGCCCUGCCUGAAAUCACCGACGCCAACGACGUGAUCAUCAGGAUCGCCUACACAGGCGUCUGUGGCAGCGAUGUCCACUUCUGGCGCUCCGGCGGCAUCCGCGCGUGCGUAUCUGCAGACGCGCCGCUAGUCAUGGGCCACGAGGCAUCCGGCACGAUCCACGCCGUCGGCCCGUCCGCCACCCACCUCUUCGCCCCCGGAGACCGCGUGGCCAUCGAGCCCGGCGUGUCCUGCCGGACCUGCCAACCUUGCAAGGCCGGGCGCUACAACCUGUGCCCGAGGAUGCGGUUCGCCGCGGAUCCCGCCUCGGGUACCCACGGCACCCUGAGCAGGUUCUUCAAGAGCGCGGCGGACUUUUGCUACAGGCUCCCCGACGGCGUGGGGCUGAGAGACGGGGUGCUGAUCGAGCCGCUGGCGGUGGCGGUGCAUGCGGUCCGGCUGGCGGGGAUCCUGGGGGAGCCGGGGAAGAAGGUUGUCGUGUUUGGUGCCGGGACUGUGGGGUUGUUCUGCGCGGCUGUGGCGAGGGAGUUUGGCGCCGCGGCGGUGGUGUCGGUCGAUUUGCUCCCGGCAAAGCUGCAGGUUGCGCGGAGGCUGGUUGGGGAGGAUACGUGCCGGACGUGGGUUCCAGACGGCUCGCUGUCUCCUGUGGAUAAUGCAGAGAAGCUCAAGAAGGAGUGUGGGCUGUCGAGUGCUGUCGUUGAUGGCGGUGAUGAUGGCGAAGGAGGAGCUCAUGUCGUCCUGGAGGCGACGGGGGCCGAGGUCUCAGUGCAAACGUCGAUCUAUACGCUGCGUCCCGGAGGCGUGUAUGUACAGGUCGGCAUGGGCAAGCGCAACAUCGACUUCCCCAUUGCCGAGAUUGGCGAGCGCGAGAUCACAGUCAAGGGGUGCUUCAGGUAUGGGCCGGGGGACUUUGCAAUUGCCAUGGACUUGGUUGCGCGCGGCAAGAUCAGCCUGGACGGGCUGGUCACUGGAGAGUUUGCCUUUGACAAAGCAUGGGAGGCCUGGGAGAGCACAGGUCGCGGCGAGGGGAUCAAGAACGUCAUUUCUGGUCCAGGGGCAUGA